ACCGUCUCUGUCUCGCGCAUUGGCUCAAAGCGCGGCAUACUGUCGAGCCACGGAGCAGCGCCAGCAGCAUAGCGUCGCGUAUCCGAGCCUCCAUGCGCCUCUGCAUGUGUGCGCACGAGAUAGAGAGUUUCUCUCUCCGAGGCGCACACAUAUAUACUUACGCGCGAUACAUGCACAGAGAGGGACGUCGCGGGACACGUACACACGUAUUAUAUACCUUAGAACACACAAAUACGGCAGGCAACAGCAGCGACGAUACGGCGACGCUGUCGAGCAACACUGGCUAGCUGCUGCGCGCUUAUAGGCAAAAAGCAAGUUACCAAGCAGGCAGCAUCAGAAGCAUCGAGCUAGUAGCAGCGAUAGCAUCGGAGACUUUGGCGUGUUCCGGAGCGAGAGAACUACCACUACACCGAUUCUCACGUACACACGCGCACGGACGAGCAGUCGCAGCAGCAGCAGCAUCGCAAUAAUAUAUAAGGCAGAGUGUGAUAAAAGUUGCGGAGCGCAGCAGUGUCGUUAUACAGAGACGACGGUUGUUGUUGUUCCCUUGCACAUUGCACGUUGCAGUCGUCCGCAGCCCAAGUGAGCCAGCUCGACGCGAACACCCUGGCAGAAAUUACCAUGGAGAAGAGAAUAGAAUUGGAGAAGAGAGGCAGGAAGCCCGCCGAGAUCACAGAAUUUGUGCUUGAUAACUGCAGGAGCACCAACAUCGUCGGCUUGACCGAUGAGUUUGUCUCCUUGGAGUCACUCAGCCUCAUCAACGUCGGCCUUACCAGUCUUAAGGGCUUCCCUAAGCUGCCGAAUCUCAAAAAAUUGGAACUCAGCGAUAACAGAAUAUCCAACGGAUUGAAUCUCUUACACACGAGUCCCAAACUGACUCAUCUGAACCUCAGUGGAAAUAGGAUUAAGGAUCUCGAGACCUUACAGCCCCUCAAAGAGCUCAGCAAUUUGAGGAGCCUCGAUCUCUUCAAUAAUGAAGCCACCAACAUGGAUAACUACCGUGAAAAAGUAUUUAAUCUUAUUCCUAGUUUGAGAUAUCUAGAUGGCUACGAUGCUGAUGAUUGCGAAAUUGACAGUGAAGGUGAGGAUGAUGAAGUAAACGGUAAUAACGAAGGAGACGUUAAUGAUGAUGGUAACGACGAAUACAGCGAUGAAGUUUCAGAUGAAGAGGAAGAGGAAGACGGUGUUGGCCUUGAUGCUGUGUAUAAAGAUCUUGGUGAUGAUAGCGAUGAAAGCGACUUCGUCGCUGAAAACGAGGAAGAUGAAGAUGAAUAUGAGUAUGACGAUGACGAUGACGAUGAGCACGAAGAACGUGCACCUGCUCCAGAAGCACAACCAGGCCGGGGUAAAAAGCGAAAACAUGAGGACGGUGUAGAGUCUUCUGGAAACAAUUAGAUAUUGUAAUAGUAUGUCGGAUUAAUAUGCUACCUGCAGAGAAUUUAGGAGAUUUUUCGUAAUGUGCCGCCGAGAGAAACCGUGGGAAAUCAAAUUAUCGAUGGCUCGACCAAUAAAAAUUAUGACAAAUAUAUGUGAAUUGUGUAUGAUGUUCGGUCAGUGCAUUGACAGAGCUGCAUAGUAAAUUGUAUCAUAUGAUUAAUUAAGAAGGUAAAAACUAUGAAUACGUGCUCAAGCGCCUGGGUGAAUGUUUGAUUGGGAGAAAGAAAUGAUAGAGCGCCAGUGUUUGUAAAAAAAAAAAAGAAUUAUUAUAUACGGAAACGAAACCGAAAGUUAUCGAGACGGAACAUUAGGAAUCAAAACU